AUGAAGAUCAAUGAUAUCGAAGCCUUUGUCACCACUGGAGGAGUCCCCCAUGAAGAGUUACUUUACCGCGAUGGGUCUGACGAGAAGACUAAGGUCGCUUUCAUUGAGUCGCAAGCCGGCCAGUCGUUUGGUAUCACAAUCGCUGACACUCUCCCCCACGCAUAUCGUCACAAAGGCAUAUGGGCGAAGAUUUUUGCUGACGGGAAGCUGUUGAGGAGUGUUGGGAUGUUGCACGGAGAGACCCUCCGCGUGAGUACCGCGAAAGAUAGGAAUGGUGACCGGAGGCUUCUCACGUUCACAGAGCCUCGCUUUAUCGACGGAGCAGUUGAACCCGAGGACGUACUGAACAAGAUUGGGCUUCUGGAGAUCAUUGUCUACAUAGUGAUCAAGAAGACUUCGACGUCGAAGAAGGAAACCCAAACUUCUGGUCCCGCCACGGAUACUGCCAGUAUAGUCUUCUCGGGCAGCGAGGCGCCAGCGCUCACGAGGCAUUCAAACAAACAAGGCCACCACGUCGUAGGUUUGGGAGAUCGCGUGAUCCAAUGCCCCGCCUCGUCCUGUGCGAGCGCUGGUUCUGACGAGGAUAUCCUUCACGUCCAUAAGGAUAAACUCGAUGACGAGUCGUAUCUGAGACAUGGCACGUCAUAUCUGUCGCAAGAAGUGUCUCCGGACGAGUACCACGCCCGCUUCAAAUUCUUUCACAAAUCUCGAGAUCAGCUGGUCUCUGACGGUAUUGUAUCGUCGAAUGCAAUCCAGCUCUCCAAGAGCCGCGACAUGACCAAGGCCAUCAAAGCUGAACAACUUGAUGAAGAUGUUCACAUGACUACCGCCGGAAGCUCCUCACCGAGCGGUGCGCGCGGCGCCCUCACGGACUUGCCGGCCCCUACAGCUCAUGCUGCGACCGCCUCAUCUACUCCGCUGCCCACCCAUAGUGUCGCUACCGAGAUGGCUCGCAUUUCUGACCUCCUCGCCGAAGCUCAGCGCAUAAGAGCAUCAUUUCCCAAGAUACUCCCACCUCAGGUCACUCUCUUGCCGUCUGGCGAACCUGAUCCCGAUCUGCCUCAACAUCACGAACUCUUGAGAGUCAGGGAGUACCUACGUGCUGUCAUGACCGGCAUCAACGCUUCAAACGCUCUCGUCUACGAUCAAGACGAUACCCUUCGAAACCACAGGAACACUUCCAUCCGCACCGUCGACGAGAUAUUAGACAUCCUCAGGCGGUGGAUUGACACCACGGCUAACCCAUCGAAACCCACCACCAAUGAUAACGAGCCUCCGUCCAAUGCGUCAGGCGCGUGGCGAACCAGUUCAAAACGGUCGUGCGACGAGAUGAUGGGGUUAUACAGGGACGUUCAUACGUUGAACAACGCCAAUCCGUCGAACACUCAGCCCCUGCCUGCACAUGAGGGCGGCGGCGCCAUCGAAGCCGAGCCCGCCGUUGGACCGCCGAACGAUCAGGUUCAGCCUAAGCAGGAAGACGAGGAGAACGGUGCCGUCAUCGCGAAUGGCGUCCAGCCCAUGCAGGAGGACGGUGCCGCUGUCGAAUUCGACGUCAAGCCCGACGUCAAGCCUAACAUUAAGCCCGAUCCCGACGCUCCCGCACGCGUGAACAGAGGUCCGAGCCUGAAGAUGCAAAUCUUACAGGCCAGGAAGGAACUUUGCAAGGCUGUGACUGAGGAGCGCCGAGCUGAUCUCGAAUAUCUGGUGGGGGAACAAGCCGAACAGGCGAAACGCCGUAAGAUAGGCAUAAGGAAUGCGAUCGAUCUCACGCAAGAUUAG